CCUUCUUAAGGUCGAUGAAAUCAUUCGCAUUUGCAACGAAGACGGUGUCAGGUUCACGAACUUGCCCCAAGACACCAAUGUGUUCUAGAGGAUGCGUGAGAAUGUGCAAAAUCGCCUGCAAAAGGCCAUCAGUGACCAGCGGAACGUCGACUAUGCGGUCAAGUGGUUAAUGCUGGAUUUAAAAUUCGUGGCACAUCUGGUUCGCGAUCCUGUCGAGACGAAGCUGUACUUCGAGCGAGUGCGUCUUGCUCUAGCAGCCGCUGGCAAGACUCUGCAUGACGAACCUCCGAAUGUCCUCGCUACAGCUCAGCAGAUUGGCCACAAUAAUGUGCCCUCGAUGCCCGACCAGGCUUUAGCUGGAACGGCCAGCACCGACUUCCAGUCGCAAGGCAGCUCUAUAGGUCCGCCGCCCUCAUCUGAUCGGGCUGGCAGGGAUGACACGGUCUCAGUGGCUCCUUCCCUCGUUGAUUCGCAGGCUACGGUCUCAGUGGCUUCUUCCCCCGUUGCUUCGCAGGCCACAACUUGGAGUCCGAGUGCUCCCCCGGUCCCGGAAGGCCAGAAGACCGGUCAAGAUGUUCCAGCAUCUAGCGAGGGGAUGUUCGAGAGGGCUAGUGCCAACCUUCAGCUCCAAGGCUCGCCGUCUGAUGAGUUUUUGCAGUUCUAUCAAGAGGUCCUGGAAGAGUAUCCAGAAUUACUUUAGAGGUGCCGCAGGUUCUUCAAGUCAAAUAGAUUAUUAUGCAGUACGCAAU